AUUGAUCCUUCUUGCGCGAACUUGAAGCCUGCAUAGAUAGUACAUACGUACAUUAUAAAAUAAAACCAACCUGUAGCCAGAUAGCAAAAAAACUCUUCUGCAAAUUAUGGCAAGUUCUCAGGAGUAUGAUGAAAAGGAAGUGGUUGACAACUGCUAUGAAAAACUAAAAGAUUUCGACUACAUAAGAUUCACAUUCAAUGAUAUGAGUGGAACUGGAAGAUGCAAAGUUGUUCAUCAAAGACAUUUAAAGACUACUUUGGAAAGUGGAAUAAGAAGUGCAGGAGGUAAAUUAUUUAUAUGAUUUUUGAAGCAACAACUUAGCAAUGAUCUAUUAAAUAAUCGGUAUAUGUUUAAGCCUAAAACUGGCCUAUAUAGUAUUAAAGGCUAGAGGAAAUAUGAAAAUUUAACAAAUAUUGAAUGCUUUUUCAUUUUUUUCGAGAGUAAGAUAAAAAUUGAUAAAAUAGAAACAGUUUCAGGCGAUGUCCUUGACAAACGUUUCCCUUUGAUAAAGUGAGCCUCUACGUCACUAGACGAAUUUUCGAAGCUCUUUUAUCAACUGUCCAGUAUUUUCUUUGCCACUUAUAUUGUUCUUAUGCUGUAAAAAAUAAUUGAUUUUUUUUAGUUUCCACAUGUUGCAUCUAUUCAAUUGAAUGACGUCAUGCCAAUGUAGAUUGUAGCUUUGGUAUUGAAAAUUUUUCUAGACUAAAUCCCAAUUCAUUUACGCUAGAGCGGCGUCUACACAAUCAAUUUACUCGUCUUUAGACUGGCUAUCAGUUCUACUACAGUAUAGGGGCUUGAUUUUGUUUAGUUUCGAACUGGAACGCUCGAAACAACCAUUAUGUCUAGUUAAUUGUUUGCACUGUUGAUUUGUCAUGGUUUGCAGUUCUUAUAGGAAAUUUUUUUCUCUACUUUUUCUAAAUAUAGCAAGAUUGUUAUUUUCUCCAGUAAAAAAUUUUCCAAACGUAAAACAGAAUGCUAAAGAAUAUCGUAGAGAAAAGAUUAAUAAGGCUUGCUUUAGAGAGGAGCUGUGGGGGGCGGAAUUUCUUGUGUUUAUUUUUUUUCCAUCAUAUGAUACCAGACCUCCUUUAAGCCUAGCUGAGUUGGUGGGAACUAACAAAGAAAUAGGUCACAAUUGUAGAGUUUCUUAAUUGACCAUGGAAUCAAUUUAUCACAAUGCUAACUAUUGUAGUCUUUAAUUCUUAAGUAUUGAAUUAUGCGUUUGUUAUAUUGGAUAUCAAUCAGCCACUUCGUGUUAAUUUAUUAUUACUAGUCCUUUCUUAUAUACUAUAUACAUAGUAAACUUACUAUGUAUUUUUAAAGAAACUCAUUAGUUGCAUUUUUCUGCUAAUAAAAUUUAGAAAUGUUACAAAGUAAAGGAGAAAAUUUUAAUAUAAAAAAAAGAUGAGACUCUUGACCUUUAUGGCCUACACAGGUGUUUCUUGGUUGAAUAUGCCUAAGUAAUAUUUAUAUUUUUAACAUUAGGCAAACUCUCUUAACUCUUUUGUUUUCUAUUUUAAUCAAAUAUUUGCUAAUUGAUUUUUAAAAUAAGAAAAAUCGUUUUAUUCCAAACUGACGCAUCUCCGUAUACUGGAAAUUACAAUGGAAAUCACGUGAUCAAAGCUACUUAAAGGGGCAGGUGCCAAGCAGCAUUUAACGCUCCAGCAAUUAAAUAAGAAAAAAAUUGGCUUCUUUUAUAAAUUCGUUACUUAAAACUGACGGUUUUCUACUAAAAAUUUCCGUUUCUAGUCAAAUUUUUCCAAGAUAUAAAUUCAAAGUAGUUAAAAUAUCUCAUUUUAUCUAUCUAACAAUAAAAACAUUCCCCUUCAUGUCAAUGUAUUAUAGAAAUAAAUGGAAACGUUAUGAAUUGCGUGCUCUUUUCCUCCAAGGAAAUCGUUAUCUAUUUAUGUUUACAGUAGAAAUACUAAGCCUACAACUCUGUAAUGCGAGGGAAGCCAAGCUAUAGAAGGCUUAGUUCUGAAACAACCUUUAAAAUACUAUUUAGAGCACUUUUUGUAAAUUGUUUUUUGCUAAUGCGUUUGUUUCCAUAGUGACUGCAAUAGGAAGUUUGGGAAAUAAAUUGCCAAAAGACUGCUUAAUGAUGGACAAUGGAUGUCCCGAUAUGUUAUAUCUUCCUCAAAAAGGUACUUGCCAUGCGCUACCCUGGGCAGGCUGCGGAAAGUACAAAGUUGGUGAAGUUUUAACCGACGUACACUCCUUGGAUAGAAGGUACGCUGAUUUUUCCACUCGACACGCAGCUAUGCGUCAAUUAAGGACCCUUAAGGAAAUGGGUUAUGAAGUUCUCUCAGCAUACGAACUAGAGUAUUAUAUUAUGAAAAAAGACGAAUCCGGCUCAUAUGUUUCUCUCUAUGAUAAAGACGAGUACGAAUCAGCUUUCUUAUGGACCAAAUACGAGAAAUUUAUGUACGAAAUUGAAAGUAAUUUGUUUGGUGCUGGAAUAAAUAUUGAACAUAUGCAUACAGAAUACGCAGGAGGUCAAUUUGAAAUGACUGUACCUCCUGAAACGGGUGUCAAUAGCGCCGAUACAGCUAUACUUUACAAGAAUGGUAUUAAGGAAAUAUUAGGUUUACACGAAGGCUAUUUAGCAACAUUUAUGUCUAAACCAAUUGCCAAAAAAGCAGGAAGCGGAUGUCAUUUUAACCAUUCCUUAUGGAAAGAUGGAAAACCUGCAUUUUACGAUGAAACGAAAGAGCAUGGUCUAUCUGAUUUAGCCAGAUAUUUCUUAGCCGGUCAAUUAAAGCAUGCAAGAGCACUUACAGCUUUUCUUGCUCCAACAUACAAUUGUUACAGACGUAUAGUAUGCCCUUUUGCUGCACCGAAUAUUGCAAAUUGGGGAAUAGACUCUAGAGAGUGCUAUGUUCGCGUAAAGAUUGGAUCAAGUACUGGACCAUAUUUGGAAAACAGAUUAGGAGGAGCUGUUGCCAAUCCCUACCUGGUAAUGGCCAGUAUUCUAGCUGCCGGAAUCGAUGGAGUGAGGCAUAAAAUGGAAUUGCCGGAACAAAAGGCUCAGGGCCCGGACGUCAUUAGAAUGCCUAAGUCCUUGGAAGAAGCUUUGAAAGCUUUGGAGGAGGAUAAUGACUUAAAAGAAAUACUUGGAAAAGGUUUGGUUGAAAAUUAUAUUAGAACGAAGAGAGGAGUAGAAGUUAAAAUGUUCAAUUCCGAUGUUGGUCAAGAGAGCGCAGAAGAUAUUGAAAAAGAGAGGCAAUUUUAUAUGGAUUUGCUUUAGAGAUUGAGCAGUAAACUAUACAAAUAUUUUCGAAAUACUAAUAUUCAUAAUAUAACUAAAUAAUAAAUAAAAACUAUAAAGAAAGCUUGUAUAAGAGAGUGAAAGAGGUAGAGAGAGAUGAGAAUAUAGAGAAUGAAAGAAAUUUUGCAUAUAUAAAAAUUCGUUAUAAUAAUAUAACAAUGUUUUUGAUUAAAUUUAUAACUUUAUCAGAAGUCGACCAAUAUUUACUGUUAUUGUUUUUUUAGAAAUAUAAUUGUUAAUUGCUUAUAGUUAUUGUAAUAAAUUAAUAAACAAUGAG